AUGCUAUCACGUCUUGGCUUAGCCAAUGCAAAGAAAACGGCUGCCAAAUAUGCUGUACGUAGUACAGUAGCUACUGCUAUUCGCCCAAAGAAUCACAGCAAAAUGCGUCUCUAUACUACAGAGAGCAACAAACCCGAUCAGAACCAUAUACCAAAAGGAUUCGAAGGUUUCUUUGGUAAAUCAAAAGCAAAGCCUUCUAGCAACAGCAGCGCAAAGCCGAACGAAACCUCCAAGCCAAAUUCUAGCAACAACCAAAAGCCACCCGAGAUGCCAAAUAUCAAUGUUAUUGUAGGCACUUUGGCAGGUACUUACCUUCUUUACAAAGCAACCGCGCCAUCAGAAAACGCUCGCGAGGUCACUUGGCAAUCAUUUCGCUCCAAUCUACUCGACAAGGGUCUUGUAGAUCGUUUAGAAGUGUUGAAUCAUAAUAGAGUGCGAGUGUAUCUGCGAAGCGAAGCCAACUCGCUCGGUGUAUCACCUCAAUCCUCGUUUUAUUUCUCCAUCGGAUCUGUGGACGCAUUUGAGCGCAACUUGGAGGACGCACAAAAGGAACUGGGCAUUCCAUCAAACGAAAGAGUACCUGUCGCCUAUCGAGAUGUCGUGAGCGUUGGCCAGACCUUACUCCACUUUGCCCCCACACUGUUGAUCAUUGGUGUGAUCUACUACAUGACCAAGAAGGGGCCUGGAGGUGCUCAAGGCGGUAUCUUUGGUAUUGGUAAAAGUAAAGCCAAGAUGUUCAACCAAGAGAAUCAAGUCAAGGUGACAUUCAAGGAUGUUGCUGGCGCAGAUGAGGCCAAGCUCGAAAUCAUGGAAUUUGUCAGCUUUUUGAAGAACCCUGCCAUUUACGAGAAGCUGGGUGCCACCAUUCCUAAGGGUGCUGUCUUGUCGGGUCCUCCUGGUACUGGUAAGACAUUGUUGGCCAAGGCCACCGCUGGUGAAGCUGGUGUGCCCUUUUACAGUGUCUCUGGUUCUGAAUUCGUCGAGAUGUUUGUUGGUGUUGGUCCUUCCCGUGUGCGUGAUCUGUUUGCCACUGCCAAGAAGAACGCUCCCUGUAUCAUCUUUGUGGAUGAAAUCGAUGCCAUUGGUAAAGCAAGAGGAAAAGGCGGUCAAAUGGGUGGUAACGAUGAGAGAGAAAGCACACUGAAUCAAUUGCUGGUUGAAAUGGACGGUUUUGACUCCAAUCAGCAUGUUGUAGUCUUGGCCGGUACAAAUCGUCCUGAUGUUCUAGAUCCUGCAUUGCUUCGUCCUGGCCGCUUCGAUAGACACAUAUCCAUUGAUCGUCCUGAUAUUAGUGGUCGUGCUCAAAUCUUCGAGGUGCACUUGAAGCCUAUCAUCACCAAAGUGGACAAGAAGACACUGGCUCGUAAAUUGGCUGCAUUGACACCCGGCUUUGCUGGCGCUGAUAUCCACAAUGUCUGUAAUGAAGCCGCUUUGAUUGCUGCGCGUCAUGUCAAGGCAGAAGUCGAGGAAAUCGAUUUCGAAGAUGCCAUUGAACGUGUGAUUGCUGGCCUCGAGAAAAAGUCAAAGGUGCUAUCCCCUGAAGAGAAGAAGACGGUAGCCUACCAUGAAGCUGGCCAUGCUGUUGCUGGCUGGUACCUCCGGUAUGCGGAUCCUCUGUUGAAAGUGUCUAUUAUUCCCAGAAAUUCAGCAUUGGGCUAUGCUCAGUAUUUGCCCAAGGACCAAUACCUGUAUUCCAAGAAGCAGCUGUUUGAUAGAUCGUGUAUGACAUUGGGUGGUCGUGUCUCUGAGGAAAUCUUUUUUGAUACCAUCACUACUGGCGCUCAAGAUGAUCUACAAAAGGUGACCAAGAUGGCGUAUGCUCAAGUUACCGCCUAUGGUAUGAACGAUAAGGUGGGUCCCUUGUCAUUUAGUGAUCCUCAAAACGAGCAGCAAUUCCAGAAGCCUUUCUCUGAGCAAACAGGGUCAUUGAUUGACAACGAGGCCAGAAAGAUUAUUGUUGAUGCUUAUCAACAUACUCGCCAGCUGCUGACUGAAAAGAAGGCUGAUAUCGAGAAGGUCGCUCAAUUGCUGCUGGAGAAGGAAGUGCUGAGCCGUGAAGAUAUGGAAAAGCUUUUGGGCAAGAGACCUUUCACUGAACUCACAGUGUACGAUGAAUACGUCAGAAGACCUAAUAAUCAGACGGAAGGUGCUCCUCCUGAUUUUCCAAAGGAGGAUGGCGAUGGUAGUGUGCAAAUCAAGUAG